UUGUUCUUAGUUUUCCUCUCCACCAAAAGAUCUCGUACGAGUCAACAAUGGCCAGCCUUCAGAUCUCACUCUAUCUCCUUUCUCUCAUCUUCUUAUCAAAAACCCAUCUCACUUUCUCUCUAGAUCCUCACCGUCCAUUUCUUGCUCAAUCCACCAUAGAUGUCCAUGACCUUCUCCCUCUGUACGGUCUGCCACGUGGCUUAUUACCAGAAAAUGUGAAGUCCUACACUUUAUCACCAACUGGGUCUUUCACAAUCCAAUUAAAAACCCCUUGUUAUGUUCACUUUGAUAGACUUGUUUAUUAUGAUAAAGAAAUUAAAGGGAAGUUAAGUUAUGGUGCUGUUAAUGACGUGUCUGGUAUUCAAGCUAAGAAAUUGUUUCUUUGGGUAUCGGUUAGUGCAAUUGAAGUUAGUAAAGAUGAUGGUAUGAUUGAAUUCUUUGUUGGUCCUUUAUCUGAGAAGUUGCCGGCUGCUCAGUUUAAUGAUAUUCCUGCUUGUAAGAGUAAGGUUGCUUUAAGGACUAAUCUUGAAUCCAUUUGAGGUGUUUUUUCCCCAGUAAUAUUGAAGCUCUCCUUGAUGAUAUAUAUAUUAUAUCUUCUGGGAAUAAAAGAAAAAUUACUGCAUGUGAAUUUCUUUGUACCAUUCAGUGGUUUGUCAAUAGAUGUGAUUGUUUCCAUAACUACCAACUAUUGAUCUAUAAAGAAUAUCAUCUCAGAACUUGUGUGAA